AUGUCUUCGGACUCAGAAUCAGGCUCUGAAUACGUCGAUUCCGUUUGCAGCGGACUCGAGAGUGACGGAGAGCUGCCAGACAACGACCUCUCCAGCGGAGUCGACCAGGCCCUCAACGACGACCAGGUCGGAUUCAUCCCGGCCCAGGAUGAGAAUGCCGUUGCCGACAUUGAGAGACAGGUCCGUCGCUUUAGCACCGUCCCUCCGGAUGCCGAGGACGAGGACAACCUCUUCGACGGCAACUUGAACCCUGUCGGUUACUACCAGCAGCUGAUCGACGAAUUCAACGAGGAUGACUUCAAGCACAAGGAAUACUCCAAGGGGACUAUCAAGCUGAUCCAGAACUCCGAGAACCAAUGGCGCAGAUUCUGUCUCAAGGUCCUGCGGACCUCCAACUGGCAGAAGGUGCUCCAGAAGAUUAAAUUCCGGCUGGUGUAUGCCUUUCUGCACUGGCACUUGAGCCAGACGACCGGCAAGGGUGGCCGAUCGAAGCGGCGCGUGAAGACGAAGGCUUCCCUCGUGACGUUCUGGUGCUGUUUCCGACUCGCGUUCGAACGACAGACCUGCCUGAAGAUCGAUGACAGGGUCAACCGUAGCCUGAUGCACAAUGCGCUCGUGGAGCUCGGCAACCGCUACAAGCUCACGCACAAGACGCGCGAGAACCGUUCGCUGACGCUUGAAGAUCUCAAGGACCAGAUCGAGUUGACGCUUCAGACCACGGAGAAGUCGUUCAAGCUCGGAGAACAGCGUGUGCUGGCCGUGCUGUUUCUUCUUCUGCUCGCCCCCGCCGGAUCGCGCCCGACUUCGAUUCUGGAGCUUCGUUUUGGCGACAUCAACGUGCUGCUUAUCCGUGACCCUGCUCAUCCUCAGGCGCAGCCCCGACUAGUCAUUCGGCUGAGCUUGGAAUACACGAAGAGGUACCUGGGUCGAAAGGCAACGAAGCACUUCAUGAUCCCAGAAAUUAUCUACGACCCGAGCCUAUUCCUCAGUCCCCACGUUUUCCUGCUCGCUGUGCUGUUUCGACAUCGCGCGUUCUUGUCCGAGCCCUUGAACAACGAUCCACACCUUCUGAGCCGCCUGAAGAUUCACCCCAGUGGAAACGAGCUGCCGCUCAGCCUUAAGCCUGAGCUGAACGACGUCCAUCUGUUUCGGCGAACAAAAAAAACCCUCGCGGGCUUCGUCAUGUCGGAAGAGCCCAUCACCUAUGACACGAUGCGCACGUGGAUCAAUAGGAUAGGAAAGCUGCUGGGCUUUGAGCACAACACGAUCUGCUACAACCUCCGCUACAUGGCCGGCAACAACCUCGAUCAGAACGUCAAUGUCAGUGAUUCUCUGCGGAACUUGAUCUUGGACCAUGCACCCGGUUCCGACACCUUCCAGAAGCACUACCUCAACCGCAAUGUCGUCGCCGAUCUAUGGGCUAUCCACCGCAAGGAGCAGCCACAGCAGGCCUUGCUGCAACAAGCCACCAGUCACGGCCACUCUCGAAAUUCCCGGCGGCCGGUCGAUCUGACCCCCGAGCAGUCGGCUGCCCUCAAGGAAGACCCCAAGUACAAGCGCCUCAGUGAGCAACUGAGUCAACUGCCUCCAGGGCCGCGGUUCGCCAAGGAGCGCCUGAGGGUCACACGCGAGCGCCACACUCUCCAGAUCAAGCUCCGUGCGGCCGAGCUGCAGCGGGUCCUUGAGGAAUUCAAGCACAAGCAGUCGGUCGAGGAUGUGGAACGACAGGCACAGGGUGAGGACUUUAGUGCCCUGUCCUCCACGGCCAUCAAUAGCCGUACCACGCGUGAGAUGAGCAAGGAACAGCGCAGGAUGGUAGAGGCGCUCGAGGCACCGCUGGUUAUUGGCAAUCAAGGCCAGCGCCGUACUAAUGCCAUCCUGGCCCUCCGCGACUAUUGCUGGAUCGAAGAAGUGCCUGUCAACAAACUGAUAGAUAGUCGUCAGGCAGCAACCCCGCCUGGGCUGCCAUCCCAGCCCGGGCCAUCCGGCGGUCCCUCGUCUACAGGCAAUGCCUGGAAACAGACGCUUAAGGACUCGGUCUUUACAGACAGGAUGACUGGGGCGGUUCGCAGAUGCUUCAUCUGCGUCGCCCAGGCAGUGACUCUUCCGCCCCACGACCCCAACAUCGAGAGGCUCUCCAACGAGUUCUACAGCAUGCCGGUUCUCGGCCGACACUUAAUGGAUGUGCACCUGUCACUUGUCGAAGAGGACGAGGCGACCGAGUGUCCUUUGUGCGAAACCGUCCUCAUCGACAAGAUGCAUGUUCAGAACCAUGCGGAGGUAGUCCAUGGUCUGAAGUCCUCGAAGAAGUGGAAGAUGCGAUAG